UACUUCUCGCAGCAACAGCGAGAGGUCGUACCUGCCUGUGUUUUCCUACCCGCAUCUGCCGAGGACGUCUCACAGGCUCUCAGGAGCAUCAAGGAGCAUCAAUGCCAUUUUGCGGUCAAGAGUGGAGGUCAUGCAAUGUCUGCUGGGGCUUCGAAUGCUCCUCAGGGCAUUACCAUCGAUUUGAGACAUUUGAAUCGUAUUGAAUUGGCCGAUGAUCAACUGACAACCUCUGUUGGUGCUGGAACUCGAUGGGGUGAGGUGUACCGGAGAUUGGAACCUCUGAACCUUACAGCUGUCGGUGGGCGUGAUAGCCAAAUCGGAGCAGGAGGAUUUGUUCUUGGAGAUGAGGGUAUCUCGUUUACUUCUCGGAAACGGGGAUGGGCUUUUGACAAUGUGAAGAAUUUUGAGGUCGUCCUUGCAAAUGGUUCUAUCUCAAAUAUCAGCCAAACAUCACACCCCGAUCUGUAUUUCGCCUUGCGUGGUGGUGGCAGCAACUUCGGCAUUGUAACUCGAUUUGAUCUCGAAACUCAUCAGCAAGGUCUAUUUUGGGGAGGACAUAAGUUUUACUUGCUCUCAGAUAUCGCUGAAAGGAAGAAGUCCAUGGACAUUGAAUAUCCCUAUUCUCGGGGAGAUUCGGAUCCCUCUGGACAGAUCAUUCUCUCUUUUGCCUUCGUUCCGAUCUUCGAUGUCUAUUUAGUCUGUGUCAAUCUUAUGCACGGUCGACCAGAGCCGUACCCACCUGUCUUCAAGGAAUUUGAAGCGGUGAAGAAUAUAUACUCGACAACAAGGAUUACCAAAAUGACUGGCGUUGUGGCUGAGGUGGACUGGAUGAACAAAAUUGGCUAUCGGCAAUCAUGGGCAACUGCAACUUUCAAGAUUAGCGUUCCGUUUCUCUCGAAGUUGGUAGAUAUUUUUAUUGCCGAGACCGAUACUAUCAAGCACGUAGAUGGCUUCCUUCCAAGCCUCAUUCUUCAAAUCAUCACCAAGGAUGAAAUUUCUGCUUUUCGAAAGCAUGGAGGCAAUGCAUUGGGUAUUUCAGAAGACGAGGGACCUCUACUGUUACUCAACGACGCAAUCCGAUACAGCGACCCCGCUGACGACGAGAAAGUACAUAAUGCCAACGACAGGUUCAUGAACAGAGCUGUGGCACUAGCCAAAGUGAUGGGCCUCGAUCACCGGUACAUUUACCAGAAUUACGCGAAUCAGACCCAAGACGUGUUCGCUGGUUUGAGUCCAGAAAACAAGCAGCGACUAUUGCAGAUACAGAAGAGGCAUGAUCCAGAGCGAGUUCUAUCACGCCUUCAACCCGGUGCCUUCCGGUUACAGGAAUCAGCAGAUUCAACUAUGAAGGGUCGCUCCGGUUUAUGA